UCUUUUUUCAUUAUUCUUUCUCCCAUUUUCUUUAUUCCUCUAGGUUGCAGAAGAGGAGGCGACUCUCCAUUUUCAUCUCCUCUUUAACCUUUCCAUUACUUUUUCAUUUCUACAUCACCACUGUUGAUUUUAGUCGAUAAUCAAAUGGAUUCUUCAGCUCCAGUUGUGACUAUGGAUGUGGAUCAAUCAAUCCCAGCAUCAACCCCUGCUACUGUGGUGGAACAGCACUUUUCUGAUGCUAGAAGCCGUAGAGAAAUAUGAGAAAGCUUUUAGAAGAAUGGAAUUCGAAGAUAAGAAAUUCAGGGAGAAGUUUUGUUUUAGUAUGAAUGCAUCUGCUGCUGCUUCUUCUAUUGAAGAUCGGUAUGUUUUUGUUGAGCAUGAGACACAUGCUUCUAGUUCAUCGGAAUGUGAUUCUGAUCCAGAAGCUGGUGUCGGUAAAUCCAAUGCAACUAGGGCCGGUAAGAAGACAAAGAAAUCAGUACAUGCUCCCUUUUCUGCUGAUUGGAGCAACGUCAGAAGUUUUGUGAAGUUCCUCAAGGUAUUCUUCGAUGCAACUAUCAAGUUUUCUGCAUCCACUUUUAUUACGUCAAAUUCGUUCAUGUGGCAACUCUGCGUCAUUCAUCAACAACUGGCUACAUGGAGAAACAUUGAAGACCCAUUCAUUUUUGACAUGGCUACUGUGAUGACUGACAAGUAUAUGAAGUACUGGGGGUCAUAUGAGGCUAUGAACCCUUUCCUUUUUAUUGCUGUACUGCUUGAUCCUCGCGAAAAAGAAGUUGGAUUGAAUUUCAGGCUUGAGAUCUUCUGCAAGGAUGAUUUGGAGAGGGUUGCUGAGUUGAGGGACUGUGUGAAGAAGGUCUUAGAGAGAUAAUGCUGAAGAGAUUGAGACAGAUAUCCUAGGUCCCGUGACUGCAGAAGAUUGAUAGAGGGAGCUAAUGACAGCUAAUGGUGUUCGAUGAACGGUGCUACUUGGAAGAACCUCUGGAAUAAUCUAUCCUAUUGGAGUUUUCACUUACACAUUAGCUGAAGAAUACCUGGACUUUGCAUAUUAGUUGAAGAAUAAAACCUUAGUGAUAUCGUAUGUUCAUUCUUUAUUCAUUCAUUCUUUAUUCUUACAGAAGUAUCAAAACAGUUGAAUCUGGUUUGCUUUUAGUCUUGCUUUCAAUUUUCUUGAGAUUAUUAAUUUAUUAUCAGUUUGGUUAAGAGAUUUUUCAGUAGAUUAUUGAAUUUAUUAUUAUUAUUA